AUGCGUCUCCAUCUUAUCAUUCAGCGUCACGGUCUACCCGUGACGCGCAUUCUUUGGACAACGUCACCGCCGUCAAUGUACGGUCAAGCGACACCUAGCUCUUCCGUAAUUCCUGCUGCGUCUUCCGCUAUUGCAUCAGCGCGGACGCCGAAUGCGCUAUACUCCAAUGGUGGAUAUACCAUCGCGCAGCUGCUGGAGGAUGUCAAUGAGGUGGUCCCGUUAGAAACGGAGCCGGCGAUUUUUGACAGCGAAUCGAGCGGUCAAUGGGGCCUGGAGGACUAUGCCGUUGAAGUGGGUGGCUCUGAGUGUCUGCAUUUCAUGGAGGUCGAUGGGCUUCUCAGGGAUGGGGAUGAAGUAGUCAUCCGUGCCCUUCAAAUCGCAGAUCUCAGAGCGAGACGGCUCUCCGGCCGCCACCAGAUUUCAAGUGACGGCAAACAUCUUAUUGAUGGGGUUCCCUUUGGUCGACCUUUCCUCAAACGGCAGACGUCCUCCAGACCGGCGAUUGCGAUUCCACCAAGGAAGAAACGGCGCACUAUGCUUGCGACUUGGGACGGUGUUGUGGAUGAUGGUGAUGAUGAGGUGCAAUGGACUCUUCCUGGGCGAGUAAGCUCAAUGAAGGAGCUAUCGAGACUCAAGGCUCAUGACGAUGAUGGCAUCCACGAUGAAUAUACGGAUUAUCAUCAUGACGACGAUUAUGAAGACUACCAUGAGAGUCAAGAUGAAUCUGGGGACGGGACAGUCAUCCGUCAUUCCCUCGGUGAGGGAGAGGAGGACGAAGCUUCGGAGAGCGACGCGGACGAUUCAGACUUCGAGGCCGAAGACUUGGCGGAAGAACUGGAGGCUCUUAAGGAAGACCGGGAGACCGUGGGCUUGUCUUCAGCGGAAGUGCUAGAAGAAAAGCCCACCGGGCCUGGAGGCUAUCCCCUGCGGACCAGGGCCAGUAUCUUACGCAAUGCUUCCGGGCACCACGCUGACCAUCAAGCUGCGACCAAAAGUCCAUCUGAAGCAGGUUCAUCGCGACGAGACUCCAAAGCCGUGCGGUUCAAGGAGGCCCAGCGGCAGACGUCACCUUGUCCCUCUCAGAGUGAGAGCGAUUCUCACUUGAGCCAGGCUGAGCAGGUUUCUGAGGGCUCGCCCUCCAUAUACAAGAGCUUCAGCAGCAGUUCCUCGAGUGACACCGACAAUUCGACAUCGGAUGAGGAAGACUCGACUUCUCCUUCCGAGACAACAACCUCUGCGUCGGAGGUCUCGUCGUCUGAGUCCGAGGCAGAAGAUGCAGAAUCUGAAGAUGAGGAUUCAUCCUCUGAGUCAGACAAAUCCUCAACAUCCGAAUCAGAAGACGAGUCCCUUCCCACUCCCGCACCGAACAGACAACUACAGCCCAAGAUGAACCCUCCAGGGCACGGUUCCCUCAGGACUAAGAAGAGCAAUCAACGCAACAAAUUGCGACGGAGGCUCUCGAAGCUCAAGGAGCUUGGCGCUCUGCCUGCCGAAGCCGACUUUGCAGCCCUCCGAGAAUGGGAAGCUAAGAAUGGGGUAUGGUACGAGCCACCUGAGCACAAGGCGAAUGAGAAGCGCCGAACCAACGAAGAGGAACAGGCGGAGUUUGAAGCAAAAAGACAAAAGUUGCUCCAUGCUCUGGCAACAGGCGGAGUAGACGUCGACGCCAUCAUGGAGAAAGAGAAUGAGCCCCCCGAAACAAAGACGACGAACGGGUCAGCGGAGGAGGAUGCGGAGUGCAAUGGGGCGGUUGUGGAAUCUGCUAACAAACGACGUACUCUGGAUGUCGCAAGCUCCAGACGGUUGCUUUUUGGGUCUCUAGGAGUGCGAGCCCCACGGUCCAAGGAAGAUGAAGAGAUCACUCGAAAGAAACUCGCGGGAAAAGUCAACAACUCCCGGAUCAAGGUGUCAGAAGAGCAAGCCCCCACGGAGGGGAGCGAUAGUGAAGCGGAAGAAAACUGGCAGGAGAAACUGGUCCUCAAAGCUACUGAAUGUGUUUUUGAUGACAUCGAGCUUUCUACACCUCCUUUCCCGUUUGAACAACGCUGGGAUGCCGAGGCUCAUCAAAUCAUAAAGAAGCGCAAAGGCUGGGGGCGCAAGAGGAAGAGAAGACAGCAACUGCACGUCUUCGAGGCAGACGAGUACGAAGAUUACGCGGAGGAAUCUAAUAAACAUUAUACCGAAGAAGACAUGCAGCUCAAUUACGAUGAUCCAGAGCAGCAGCCGAGCACCGAGCCCACGAAUGGAGUCGAGUCGGCAGGCGAAGAGCCAUCAGAAAACACGGAGGACGAUCUUCCUCCUCUACCAGCAGAUCUGAGCUCUGUCCCGGAUCUGACGGAAGGCGAUUUGAAGCAAGGAUCCGUGAUCGCUUUCAAGCAGCUUGUUGUGUCCAAGGAGACGAACUGGCAACCUACCGUGUCCGAUUAUCUUGUGGCGAGGAUAGACGACGUUUUCGAAGACAACGUACUCAAGCUGCAGCUUGCCAAGCGCGAUCGGCGACAAGUCGAGCAACCCGACAAGGAUGACGAAGAAGAUGGCACACGAGGAUAUGACAAGUUCGAAAUGCCCGGCAUGGACGACGAUCAAGCCGAAGACGACGGCUUCCGAGAGAUAUCAUUCGCCAAUCUGUUUGAUGCGAAGCUCGUUCAAGCUGCGGAUGUGGCAGACGUUGGGGUGGUCGACAAAGUCAGCAACUCUCCCGCAGCUGAGGGCUCCUGCCUUCAGAACUUCAAGACGGCCGACGAGGAUGACACGAUGGGUGAGGUCGAGGCAGCCAAUGACAGCAAUAGGAACUCUCCCCAACCGUCUGCCAGUUCGCAUGCUCGUGAGGAUCUCGAAACGGCUGCAGACGAAGCCGUCGAGGCAGUCGAUCAUACCGCGAAAGGGACCAGAGGUAGCAGUCCCGAAGACGACGCCAGUCCUGUGAUACAAUCACCACAAUUCGUUGGAUUUCACUCUCCUCAAGCGGAGACGGAGCCAUCGCUCCCAGAGCCGGGCCCUGAGCAGGAGACUCGCGAAGUCACCUCUGCUACUACUCGGAAUGCAGACGGGGGCGAUGAUAAUGGAGGACAAUCCAGUUUCCUUCCACAACCCACAGAGGCGCCCUCAACCCCUCAGUCUACUGUUCGUCCCAACGCCUCCAAUGACGCCCCUUCGGCGACGAGUUCGGACGACGACCUGCAAUUGCUCAGCAGCCCGGACAAUUACGUUAAUUUCAACCAUAUGCUUGAACAGCUUUUCCAGGGCAAGCGGCCCACUCCGGGCUCCCCGGGUCCGAAAGAGAGUCCGAAAAUGCCCGGGUCGCGGGCAUCAUCGUCUUCUAGUUCUUUUGUGCCUAACCCGUUCUACGAAAUCGACAAAGCCCAAGAAGAGCGCCUGCGACGACGCUCGGAGAAAGCCAAGGGCGAUGCUGUCACAGCAGAAGACGGAUCAGCGGCGGACUCUGCGCCGCCAAAGUUGCAACCGUCCACUCCCAUAUCCCGCAAGACCCCUACAAGCGCGCAGCCGCAGAGGUCUCCUACACCUCAAGACCGAUCCUCGAUGAGUUCAAUCCAAGAAAGCAACUGGCUGAUCCGGCAUGACCAGGCGUCUGGCACUCAGCCGCCCACGGCUUCGCAGCUCUCGAAUAUCGUCGAUCUGACUCAGUCCAGUCCGCCCGUUUCACCUGGCGGAAGCGACGAGGACUAUGCCAAAUCACAUCGACUGCCGCGAGGCUCUGGGUGGGUGCAGAAGAAUGUUCCGAGCACGCGGAGGCGCACCAGGCUUUCUUCAUCCGGAGUCAGAGGCAGACGAUGA